CAGAGGGGACGCUGGCCCCGAAGACGACGGUGUCCCACUGAAGACCUGGCACACACCCCGCGAGCCACCAGGGGGUCCUGUGCGGGCGCAGACCACGGACACCCAAUUGCCAGGGCUGUGCCAGGAAUUCCUGAACUUCUCUCAUCUCCUCUGGCUGUCCCUCGCCAGCCCUGGUCCUGAGCCGUACCUUCUGGCCCCCACUUUCCUCUCUGGGGCCAUCUGACUUUCCCAUGCUCAUCUUCCAGGCUCCAGUAUAUAAAUCAGGCAAAUUCCCCAUUUGAGCAUGAACCUCUGAAAACUGCCGGCAUCUAAGGUCUCCUCCAAGGCCCUCUGGAGUCCAGCCCAUAAUGAAGGUCUUGGCAGCAGGAGUCGUCCCCCUGCUGCUGGUUCUGCACUGGAAACACGGGGCAGGGAGCCCCCUUCCCAUCACCCCCGUCAACGCCACCUGUGUCACACGCCACCCAUGUCACAACAACCUCAUGAACCAGAUCAGGAACCAACUGGCCCAGCUCAACAGCAGUGCCAAUGCCCUCUUCAUUCUCUAUUACACGGCCCAAGGGGAGCCAUUCCCCAACAACCUGGACAAGCUGUGUGGCCCCAACGUGACAGACUUCCCACCCUUCCAUGCCAAUGGCACGGAAAAGGCCCGGCUGGUGGAGCUGUACCGCAUCAUCGCGUACCUUGGCGCCUCCCUGGGCAACAUCACACGGGACCAGAAGAUCCUCAAUCCCAACGCCCUCAGCCUCCACAGCAAGCUGAAUGCCACCACAGACACCAUGCGGGGCCUCCUCAGUAACGUGCUAUGCCGCCUGUGCAGCAAGUACCAUGUGGCCCACGUGGAGGUGGCCUAUGGCCCUGACACCUCAGGCAAGGAUGUCUUCCAGAAGAAGAAAUUGGGCUGUCAGCUCCUGGGGAAGUAUAAGCAGGUCAUCGCUGUAGUGGCCCAGGCCUUCUAAACAGGAGGUCUUGAAGCGUGCAGUGACCCCAGAUCUUAGACUCAGGUGGCUCUCAAACUGUGGCUGGGGUCUGAAGUAUCGACGAACCCAAGUGUGGGCUGCUGGCAGACCCUUUGCAUUCCUGACCUGUCCACUCCCCUCCAGGGUGGACUGAUAAAACUGGGCAGAGUUACAAUUCCCAUAGGCAGGGCCUAUAUACAACCGUAACUAGAAGAGGCAUCCCUUCUUCUGGGAGACUGCAGCCAGGCUCCAUGGUGCCAGGCUGGCGAGGGGAGUGUGGGCUGGACUUCUGCCCCACUCGUCCCCUCAGCUGGGGCUUUGUGAGCCAACUGAACAAAUGGUCUACGGGGACCCUGACCACAGGGCGAGAUGGCAGGUGUCAGGGGAAUUGCCCGGCCCCCAGCACAAUGACCAUCAUCAUUGCCGUUCCUUCUCCUUAGGUAGACUUUAAAGGUGUGUUUGGAACUCGGGCAAGCCAGAGGGGCUGGGAUCCCAAAGGACUCCUUGGCCCCUGUAAUUGUGGUGAAUGGGAGUUAGAGAAGGGAGCUCUGUUUGAGAUGCUGCCUUCUCUUGAGUGUGCGUGAUUAGAGAGCUCAAGCCUAGGGACUGUUAGGUAGAAGGUUCCAGAAGGAGGCCACUGGCCUUCAGGCUCCUGGGGAGGCAGAGAAGCCACCUUCAGGUCUGGGAAGGAAGUUACUGGAAGGAAGAGAGGCCCUGAAAGCCUUGAUGGGCUCUCCUUCCUCUUCCCUGUAGUCUUUCUUGCAGCCCAAGAUGGCCAAGGUAUGGUGGCUGGACCUGGAGGUGGGGGUAUGUGGAGAUGAGCAGGUGGCAAAGUCAGGCGAGGAGGUUUGAGGGGACCCAGAGUCUUCCCUCUGGGCAAGGGUCUGUAAGGGAGAGGAUGGACUGGAUAGUCCAGAGUGACAGCUCACAUCUGAGGCCCAUGGAGGCCCUGUGAGGUCACACAAAGGUACUUGAGGGGGACAGGGGCCAUCUCUGGUCCCCAGAGCGAGGGGACAGCAGAACUUGAGGUCAGGGUCUCAUGGAAGCCUGAGAUCCAAGAGUGCUGAGUGUCUGAUCCAGCACAAUUAUCUAUUUAUUAUGAUGCCCUAUUUAUAUUAACUUAUUGGUGCUUUAAAUGGCAAAGUUAAUUCCCCUUUCCCUGCUCCCUACCCAACAGAAAUAAUAUGAUAGCUCCUUCCAUAGGAGCCAGCGCCAGGCCUUAGCAAUGCUUGGUCUGGAAGCUGAAGAUGUUACAAGUGGGAUAAGCCUUAUGGAUGAAGCUCAGAGAAGGGUCACAAUCUGAGAGAACUGGUCAGCCUGGGUGGGGGGUGGGGGACCCAGCUCCAUCCCCCCACCCUAACUUUGGGUGUCAGCAUCCUGUCUGCAAGGCAGGCUGGGCCAGUUUGUGCAGUGGCCUUUUCCCAGGACCACCAUGUUGCUUGGCUCCAGGGGAUCAUUCUACACGGUGUCUUCUGGUGCCCCUGGAACUGUGUUUCAUGGGGUAGUGGGCAAAGCAGCUCUGGUGGUUGUUUCCUUGUCUCCAUGCUGCUUGCCUAUAGACUAGCAGUUGAGGGGCCCUGAACCAGCGCCCAGCAUGCUCACACACAGCGGGGAAGCUCCUUCUCGGGCGGCUGAACACCCACAGAGGGCGAGAGGGCCUGGCUGGACCUCAGGAAGUUUAGGGAGGAGGCCCCUGCUCUGGAGAGGAGGACAUGGAGGCCCUGGGACAUGGACCAGGAAGCUGUGGUCCCUCUGGCCCCACCUCCCCCCACGCCCCCACCCAUGUCUGGGCUCCCAGGCAGGGAACCUGAUCUUUUCCUUUGUGCCGGGGCCAGGCUAGUGGAGAACCGCCCUCCAGUCUGGGAGCAGGGGAGGAGGGCGCAGAGCUGGGGCAGCUGCUAAGAGCAGCUUCUGGCUUCUUCUCAAACCCUAAGCGGGCUGCAGUCCGAGCAGUUCAGCCAAGGAGAUUAUGGUACUUUGCACUCACUUUGCACCUCUCUCUGUCUUCUCUAAGCACUUUAUCACACCCACUGGCUGGCAGGUGAGCAGGCAGCAGGCAGGCCCUGAGGCCUGGGGUGGGGUUGGGGGCCAGAGUGAGAGUUGUCUGUCCCAUUGGCUAAGAUGUGACGUGAGGGGUGGUGGAGGCCCUGGCAGUCGCAUGCGUUCCUCUGCUGUCUUAACGUGGCUCCAGAUCUCAGCCUACUGCCCCCGUCGCUCUGCUCCUUCAGUGACCAUGGCUCAGCAGGCUGGGGGCCUGCUGGGUCACCAUCAUCUCAUCACCUCAUGUCCCAUGCCAGGGUCACCUGGGCAGCCUCUGAGGCUCGGGGACCAAGAAAAUCUUUUCUGGGCCUGAUACAGCCCCGGGCUCCACAUGCCGUGGCUGCCCAUGCCCUCCCCUCCUCAGCCCCUUCCCACUCUGCCCCUCAGCACCCACCCCUCCUCUGCUCUUUCCAGAACCAGGCCGGCUGAUCAGCACCCACUUUGCACAGCAUCCUUGAAUUAUGGAUUCUCUGUGUGGAAAAAGCUUUGCAGAGCAGGAAGCUGUCCUCUCUCUCAUUUUUCAUCCGCUGGUGGUGCCCCUCACUUGCACAGUGGGUCUCGGGCUGGGGACCUGAGGAGGAGGACGAUGCCAUCAGCAAAUGAGGGGGUAGGACAGUCAUUUUGAAGUUUACUGAGAGAGGAGUAUUGGGGACCUUAUUUAUUUAGAAAAAAUUUAAACAGAAAAGCACCGCUAGUUUAUUCGUCUCUCCUCCUUGUCACCAUCCUCCUCCCUCUUCUUGUCCCCUCGUCGGGAACAUCGCCCUUGACAGAAGCAGUCCAGCCUGGAAUCCAGUGACAAUUGAAUUUCCCUUUAGAUGGUACAGAUGUUCUUACCUUCGGAUCACUCCCAGUCCCCCCCAGAUCCUGGUGCCUGGGUGUCUCUCCCACCCACAUUGCUAGCUCCAUGCUCUGUGCAUCCUUCCGUAUUUCCCUCCUUCCUUUCUACUGGAAAGGACUUGGCCUUGGGGGACAAAUUCCUCUUUGAUGAAUGUACCCUGUGGGAAUGUUUCAUACUGAUAGAUUAUUUUUAUUUAUUCAAUGUCAUAUUUAAAAUAUUUAUUUUUUUAUACUGAAGGAAUUUUUUUUUUUUUAAGAAAAAAGA